AUGGCAACGUCCCGGUUUGCGGGACUGGCUACGAAUGGAGAUAAAAUCUCGAUGUGGCCAAGACUGUCGUCAGUCAAGAGGCCUUCGGAAUACGAGAAAGGACUCCUGAUCACUGAGGCAAUACACCAUGCUCAACAACCACGUGUAGAAUAUGCGUUCAACAUUCCCGCCACGGCUAGAUUCAAUGAGAUCGGAGUCCAACAAUUGAGCGACCAUGUAUUCUCACAAGUUUUUCCAGUCAAAUCAGAACCUCCAAAUCCAGAAUUGGUUGCGUUGUCGAAAGAACAUCUCUCGAGACAUGACCUGCUCGGCAAAUCUCAAGAUGCCACGGAACCGGUAGCGUUCGAUAUGCCUCCCCUCCAGGGGCAGACGUUAGAUGAGCAUUUCUUCAAGUUAGGCAUGGAUGCGUCUGAGCCUUAUAUUACCUACGCUAAAGACUAUAUCAAAGUCAACUCUCCGAGCAUUCCGCGCAAGUGGAUCAAACGCAGUGGUUGGACGAAAUAUCAUAGCGAUGGCUCUUGGGAGGCCGUAGACGCCCCGAAUGAGUCAAUGUUAACUUUCGAUACGGAGGUUAUGUGGAAAGAGCAUUCCUUUGCUGUAAUGGCUUGUGCUGUCAGCCCUACAGCCUGGUAUGCCUGGCUGUCGCCGUGGCUGCUGGGGGAGUCGGACAACCAUAUUCAGCUCAUACCAUUGGGAGACAUAUCACAGCCACGAAUUGUCGUGGGCCACAACAUUGGCUAUGAUCGCGCCCGUGUCUUGGAAGAGUAUGAUAUGAAACAGACGCGUAAUUUCUUUCUUGAUACAAUGUCGCUGCAUGUAGCUGUGAAUGGAAUGUGCUCCCAACAAAGACCUACUUGGAUGCGCCACAAGAAAAAUAGGGAUUUGAGGGACAAGAUUGCGAAUGAGAAUAAUUCUGUCGAGCUUGCAGCUCUUCUUGAAAGCAAAAUGCUCAGCGAUGAGGAAGAGGAACUAUGGGUAGGCAGGAGCUCUGUGAACUCCCUCCGCGACGUUGCCAAAUUUCAUUGUGAUGUCACGAUCGACAAGGCGCAAAGAGAUGAUUUUGGUGAACUUUCAAGAGAGGGGAUCCUAGAGAAACUGGAUGAGCUACUGGAUUACUGUGCUGCAGAUGUUGCCAUCACCCAUCGCGUUUACAAGAAGGUUUUCCCAAAUUUCCUCGAAGUCUGUCCCCACCCGGUCAGUUUUGGGGCUCUCAGGCAUCUUUCUUCGGUUAUUUUACCAGUCAAUCAAACCUGGAAGGACUACCUUACCAAUGCCGAGGCAACCUACCACCAACGACUUGAUGACGUGCAAAGAAAAUUAGUUGAAUUAUGUGAUGAAGCUCUGAAGGUCAAGGACCAACCGGAUGUGUAUAUGGAUGAUCCCUGGUUACGACAGCUGGACUGGUCUGGCCAGGAGAUUAAAAUGGCCAAAGGGAAAAAGAAAGGAGAUCCUCCUCGACCAGCUGCGAGGCAGAAAAAGCCGGGCAUGCCAAAAUGGUACAAAGAUCUCUUUGCCACAAACACGUCCGAUAUUAAUCUUACUGUGCGAAGUCGGACAGCCCCUAUAUUACUCAAGCUAUCAUGGGAUGGGUAUCCAUUAACUUGGUCUGAUAAAUACGGCUGGACGUUCAAGGUUCCACGUGAUCAGGUCAAGAAAUUUGAGAACCAGCCUGUAGUGCUAUGCGAUAUGACGGAAGAGAAAAUCGCGGAAUUACGGGACGACAGAAGACAUGUCUACUUCAAGCUUCCACACAAGGAUGGACCUCAGGCCCGGUGUGUUAAUCCGCUAGCCAAGGGAUACAUGCAGUAUUUCGAACGUGGAACUCUCUCUUCGCAAUAUGCGCUUGCCAAGGAAGCUUUAGAGAUGAAUGCUUCUUGCUCGUAUUGGAUCAGCGCUCGGGACCGAAUCAUGGGGCAGAUGGUUGUCUACAAGGACGAGGUGCAAAAAUCUGCGUCGAAUAAUGCAGAGAGCAGGACAGGAUUUAUCCUGCCUCAGGUGAUACCAAUGGGUACUAUCACGCGACGAGCUGUGGAAAACACAUGGCUCACUGCAAGCAACGCCAAGGAAAAUCGCGUUGGCUCUGAACUUAAAGCCAUGAUCAAGGCGCCACCCGGCUAUGUCUUUGUUGGUGCAGAUGUUGACUCACAGGAGCUCUGGAUCGCGAGUCUCAUCGGCGAUGCUCAAUUUCAAAUUCACGGUGGCAAUGCGAUCGGCUUCAUGACUUUAGAAGGAUCCAAGGCAGCAGGAACCGAUAUGCAUUCGCGCACUGCCAAAAUUCUAGGAAUUUCGCGCAACGAUGCCAAGGUUUUCAACUAUGGCCGAAUUUACGGGGCUGGCGUAAAAUUUGCUGCUUCACUGUUGCGUCAGUUCAACCCUUCCAUGUCAGAAAAGCAAACCCAGGAAGUUGCGACCAAGCUGUAUCAAGAGACAAAGGGUGCACGUACGACACGCCGCAUCUUAAGUGAUAGUCCCUUUUGGCGCGGAGGCACGGAAUCUUUUGUCUUCAACAAGCUAGAGGAGUUCGCUGAUCAAGAGAGACCAAGAACGCCUACAUUGGGUGCCGGCAUCACUGAGGCGUUAAUGCGGCGUUUUAUCAACCGAGGCAGCUUCAUGACAUCGCGGAUCAACUGGGCAAUUCAGUCAUCUGGUGUCGAUUAUCUUCACCUCCUCAUUAUCGCCAUGGACUAUCUUAUCCGGCGCUUCAACAUUGCUGCUCGUCUAGCUAUCACUGUUCACGAUGAAAUCAGGUAUCUCGUCAAAGAUGAGGACAAAUAUCGUGCUGCUUUGGCUCUACAGGUAGCUAAUGUUUGGACUCGUGCCAUGUUCUCGCAGCAAGUUGGCAUCAAUGAUCUUCCGCAGUCUUGCGCCUACUUCUCUGCAGUUGACAUUGAUCAUGUCCUUCGGAAAGAAGUAGACAUGGAUUGCGUUACCCCUUCACAUCCUCACAAGAUCCCACACGGUGAAAGUCUAGAUAUCGUUCAACUUCUGGAGAAGAAUGAGGCUGCUUGUCUAGACCCUUCCAUAGAUACUGGACUGAGGAAGGGGGUGAGGUGA